GGUUGUGUCGAUAAAGUUUGUUCAAAGUCUCUCAGCAGCAGCAAUGGCGGCUCCCAUGUCCUGGAGGAGGCUGGUGCACUCCAUGUACACACCGGCCAUCGCCGGGGUUUUUACCCGAAUAUCGGACCGACUCUUCCGUGCACGGGACAGGAGAGGAGGCUCCUCCGUCCUGCUGCUGGCUCCCCUCCUAGCUGAAGCGGACCCAGCCCCUCGACACGUCUCCAGGCCCGCCGGGUCGGCCGGAGCUCAGGGCACGGACGGCCUCUGCACCCAUUUCAGAUGGAUGGCAGAACACGUACCCGCCUUCAGGGUGCCAGGCGCCCACAUCCACAUCCUCAGCUCACCUGACCAGUUCUACCAGACCAUGAAGGCCCGCAUCAAGACUGCGAAGAGACGAGUGGUGAUGGCCUCGUUGUAUCUGGGAACAGGCCAGCUGGAGCAGGAGCUGGUGGACUGUAUGGAGGAAGCUCUUCAGCGCUCGCACAACAACAGUCACACCCCUGACCUGAAAGUCUCUGUACUGCUGGACUACACACGCGGCUCAAGAGGUCAGAUCAACUCGAGGACAAUGCUGCUCCCGUUGCUGCAGCGCUUCACCUCUCAGAUGCGAGUCUCUCUGUACCACACUCCUGACCUGAGGGGUCUGCUGCGGCUGCUCGUCCCUCAGCGCUUCAACGAGACCAUCGGAGUCCAGCAUAUCAAAGUCUACCUGUUUGACGAUAGCAUUAUCAUCAGCGGGGCCAAUCUGAGCGACUCGUACUUCACCAACAGACAGGAUCGCUACGUGCUGCUGGAGAACUGCAGCGAGGUCGCUGACUUCUUCUCCGACCUGGUGGAGGCCGUGGGAGACGUUUCCCUGCAACUGCAACCUGACGACUCCGUCACCAUGCUUGAGGGGAUGGUGCACCCGUAUAGAGGCAACAGGCAAGACUUCUCGGUGGCGGCGAGGGACCGGAUCAUGGAGGUGAUGAACACGGCCCACGUGAGGCAGGGGCUCGUGAACAGCUCUGAGGACUCUGAGGACGAAGGGGAGGAGGACACCUGGGUGUUCCCUCUGGUCCAGAUGAAACCUCUGGGCAUCCAGGUGGACGAGCAGGUCACACAGCGCCUGCUGACAGACGCGGGGCCGGACUCCACUGUGUUUCUAACAUCAGGUUACUUUAACCUGACCCGGGCGUACAUGCGGCUGGUGCUGGGGGCCGGUGCCAGCUACCGUAUCCUCACAGCCUCCCCUGAGGUCAACGGCUUCUUUGGGGCCAAAGGCGUCGCCGGAGCAAUUCCUGCUGCUUACAUUCACAUCGCCAAACAGUUUUACAACCAGGUGUGCCGGCUGGGCCAGCAGGAGAGGAUACACCUGCAUGAGUACCACAGGUCACAGUGGACCUUUCACGCUAAAGGUCUGUGGUAUUACCUCCAGGGACAGGACCGGCCGUGCCUCACUCUAAUUGGCUCUCCUAAUUUUGGUUAUCGCUCGGUUCACCGUGACCUGGAGGCCCAGAUCGCCAUAGUAACAGACAAUGAGGAGCUGCAGAGUCAGCUGCAGGAGGAGCAGGAGAGGUUGUACCAACGCUCUGAAGAGGUGUCUGACUCCACGUUUGAGCGGCCGGACCGCCACGUCAAGCUGUGGGUGAAACUGGUCACGCCCCUUAUUAAGAACUUCUUCUGAGAUGCCACCAGGAGACGGUUGGAUUCAGUUUUCUUCACCCUUGAGGUUGGAGGUUCUCACGGAGGUCGCUCUGCUCCUGCAGACGGGACAGUUGUUGGACACAGUGGCAUGCUGGGAGUCUCUUGAACUUCACCUCAGUCAUUGGUGUGAUGCAGAGAGUGACUCACACAGACAGGUUGCAGGCUGUGGUGCGUUCAGGGGAUAUAUCCUCUUGUUUGUUUGUUUUUGUAUGUGAACUCCAGAUCUUUUGGUUUACUGCAUAUCUGUCACCCUGUUAGAUUAUUUACAGUGAGCACCAUCGCACUGUGGUCUUCGUUUUUAAAAUGUGUUACUAACAAAAGAAGUCUACAACACAACCUUCUGACUACAUGUUGCAUGUUUCAGAUAGCAAUAGAAACUUCGGUGAAUGUUCUGAAGCGCACAGACAGGCGAGGGGAAGAAAACCUGGAGGAGCCUUAAAGACGGUUUAAGAGCUCUGACUGAGUUUACAGCCGACAUCAAAGCUAACUGUACAGUGUUUGUGUUAUUACCUUUGUAAAUGAAAGGACAAUGAAGUGAGUUUUUACAAAUGAAAUUUGGA